GUCGUAGCUGCGCCUACACAAAUACAUCCAAGUGAAAGGACUUUAUACCUCGAAGCUUUACUAGAGGAUCUUCGACCUGUCGAAGCAGCCGUAUGGACACAAUGGCCAGAUGAUUUAUAUCUAUCAUGUCUGACAGCGGUCAAAUCGUUGGGACGUAACCCAGUCGGUUCGGAGAUCAUGUACACUCCUGAGAAUCUCCAAACUAUUCUCUAUCAUACCUCUCUACCCGGUCCCCCUCGGAAAUCUCUGCUCGCUCCAGUGGUUCGCAGUCCGACAUCGCCCACCGCUCUAGAAGCUCUGAGGAUCUUGGCGAAUUUACUGGUACUUCAUGCUGAGGGUCGAGAGAAUUUCAGCAGAGCGGAUGGUGCUUUGAUCGUUGCCAAAGCUUUAGCAGGUCGGGCAUGGGAUGGAGAAUUGGAGGUCGAGUUCGACAGUCCGGACAGAUUAUUUCUGCUCGGGAGAAUAGGCUUCCUCAUCACCCUCGACCGGAAAGAAGCUGUGGAAACGAUGGUCGUUAAGGAAGAUUUGGUGUCGAGUCUGGUAUAUCAUCUGACAUCCGUCCCCCCACAGCAGAGUAAUUUCGCCGCGUUGAGCGAGCUACUCAAACUAGCCAACAAUGUGAUCAGAUUUUUUCCACGCCGGACAACGUCUGAACAUGACCCCUGGGACACAUUAUGUCUCCUACAUGAAAUUCCGUUCAACGACCUUUCACCCCCUUUAAGUCAUACAAUCCACGUCUUACUCUCCAUACCUUUCUCAUCAACUUUGCUCAACAAAUGGCAAUCGAUCCCUAACCCACCUCCUGCCACUUCUCCAUCCGGUACAACCGUCCGUUCGUUGUUCAACAAAUUCUCGUCAAUGUCCUCGAACACAGUUUACACAAUCGCCAACCCCCGCAAGUCUUCUUCCGACUCAACAUCAAGUGCCUCUUCUAGCACACAAGGCAAAGUACGCUCUCCCGCGCCUUCGCCAACACAUGUCCGAAGAGAAAGAGUGACUUUGCUACCACCGAUGAAGACGGAUGAGACGGCAUUGGGCAGGAGGCUUAUGAAGAUUCUGACCACCUUUGUGAAUAGCUGGCUUCCAGAGGGGAAAGCACCUGAUGGAGAACUACCAAAGGGUUUGAUUUUGGACGAGCAGUUACCUCCACUUUUGUUGCUGAUUGCUCGUGCGACGGAUGGAAGUUCACCUACAAAGACGUAUUUCAGAGACACACUUCUUCCCACGAGCCUGGACCGUUCACCUGAAGCUGGGCCGUUGGAGAAGAGACACUCGGUCUUGGGAGCGAUCCUGAGGUUGAUGCAAAGCACUUUGAACCCUCAAUGUCGUGAUACGGCGGGUGAGAUGAUGUGGUCGAUCUGUGAUUCAAACGCUUCUGAACUAUGCGCUGAGAUAGGAUACGGCAACGCUGCGGGGUUGCUCUUCCGAAAAGGCAUUACCGAGCCUCCUCCAGGCCGUAUCACUCCUCUCCCUGAACCAACAAAAUUGAAUGUCGAGACCAAACCAUUUUUUAAAACGACCUCGAUAUCACCGAAAAAGCCGGGAUCUCCAUCCAAACGGGCCGUGCAAGAGGAAAGAAAUCCCAUCACCUCACUUCGACGCGAUGACGAUACUUCACUCGAUGAUAUGACUCAGGAAGAGAAAGAGAGUGAGGCAGAGAGGUUAUUCGUGUUAUUCGAAAGAAUGGAGAGAAAUCCGGUGAUCAGUAUGAAGUCGGGCGACGAGCAGAAAGGUGUGAAAGAUGUGAUGAGGGAGAAAAUGCAGAGCGGAGAGUUGGAGGUGAAAGAGAGAGAAGAAGAAGAAGCGGACAGGAGAAGAUUGGAAGAGGAAGAAAAGAUAGAUGAGGAGGACGCUAGGAAAGAGAUGGAGGCGUAUAGACAGAGGAUGAAGAGAUGA